AUGGCCAAUAUCACUCGAUCUGCCAAGUCAGGCAUCGAUUGGACGCAGAAUGAAUUACAAGCAUAUCACAUUCAAGUGGUCGAGCAGGAUGCCACCGCUUUUCUUGGCGUACCAGCUCUGCCGCUAUCCUCCGUUCCACAAGAAGUCCUUACAACCGCGUCGGCCGAUGACAUGGCCGAUGACAGAAAUUUCACCCUGGCUCGCUAUAUGGAGCUCGCGAUGAACCCAAAGCCGGGCCAGGAGUCUGCGGUGAUCGACUUUGCCCGUCACUUGUUGGAGAUGUUAGGAUACGCCCCUCGUCCGCGGGUGAUUCGGACGCGCUAUGAUAUCCUACUAUUCAUCUGCGGAGCGUGGAAGCACACGCAAACGGACGUGUGCAUUAUGGACGAGGACGAGAUUCUUCUUCUCGUCCAAGAGAACAAGCGCCAUCUCGAACAAGUCGACGCGGAACCUCAGGUCAUUGCCGGAGCAGUAGCGGCGUUCCGGACGAUGAAUAUGAUUCGGAAGCCGCAGCCUCCCCUCCAGUCCAAAGUCAUGGCCGGUAUCAUACUGACAGGGACUUUUCCGACGUUUUAUAAGAUUCCCGUGACGGUCGAGCUGGUCGACGCCGUAGCCCUCGGGACCUACCCUGCCGCGCAAACCGUCGUAUUUACGCACACACCCCGUGUUCCACGACUCAACCGCCGGUAUAGUGAGGGGAUGAAACCUUUGGAUAGCAGGGCGGUCAUACUUUCGUGUUAUGAGGCUUUCAAGGCAUUUGUUAACUAG